CUAUGAAGCCGUCCACUCCAGCUCUCGUUCUCCUGUGGAGCGCUGUUGGGAUAGCGAGGGCUGCCAAAAUCGUCAUCGUGCCGCCAAUUAUGUUUGAAAGCCAUCUUUAUAUUUUCAAGACUGUGGCCUCAGCCUUGCAUGACCAAGGUCACCAGACAGUAUUUCUUCUCUCUGAGGGCAGAGAGAUUCCUCCAUCUAAUCACUAUAGACUUCAGCGAUACCCAGGGAUCUUUAAUAGCAGCACCUCGGAUGACUUUCUCCAGUCCAAAAUGAGGAGUAUUUUCUCUGGGAGACUGACAGCCCUGGAACUGUUUGAUAUCCUGGAUCACUAUUCCAAGAACUGUGACAUGAUUGUGGGCAACCAAAACCUCAUGCGUAUCCUGAAACAGGAGAAAUUUGACCUGCUCCUGGUAGAUCCUAACGAGAUGUGUGGAUUUGUGAUAGCUCACCUGUUAGGGGUUAAAUAUGCUGUCUUUUCGACUGGCCUUUGGUAUCCAGCAGAAGUAGGUGCUCCAGCUCCCCUCUCUUACGUUCCAGAAUUUAACUCGCUGCUCACAGAUCGCAUGAACUUGUUUGAGAGGAUUAAAAAUACCAUUGUUUAUAUUAUAUCAAGAUUUGGAGUCAAUUUUUUGGUUCUGCCAAAAUAUGAAAGGAUAAUGCAGAAGCACAAAGUUCUGCCGGAACGGUCCAUGUAUGACUUGGUUCAUGGAUCCAGCCUGUGGAUGCUUUGUACCGAUGUAGCACUAGAGUUUCCAAGACCCACGCUACCAAAUGUUGUGUAUGUGGGAGGAAUCCUAACCAAACCAGCCAACCCUCUGCCAGAAGAUCUCCAAACAUGGGUGAAUGGUGCUAAUGAGAAUGGCUUUGUCCUCGUGUCAUUUGGAGCUGGAGUGAAAUAUCUGUCAGAAGAGAUAGCAAAUAAGUUAGCACAUGCCUUGGCAAGACUGCCCCAGAGAGUUAUUUGGAGGUUUUCAGGAAACAAACCAAGGAAUUUGGGCAACAAUACCAAGCUUAUAGAGUGGCUACCGCAAAAUGACCUGCUUGGUCACUCUAACAUUAAAGCCUUUCUCAGUCAUGGUGGUUUGAACAGCAUUUUUGAAACCAUGUACCAUGGGGUACCUGUGGUGGGUAUUCCCCUUUUUGGAGACCAUUACGAUACCAUGACACGUGUGCAGGCGAAAGGCAUGGGAAUACUCUUGAACUGGAAGACCCUCACCGAGAGUGAAUUGUAUGAAGCACUAGUAAAAGUUAUUAAUGAUCCCAGCUACCGGCAACGAGCCCAGAGGCUGUCAGAAAUUCAUAAAGAUCAACCUGGCCACCCCGUGAACCGGACUGUGUAUUGGAUUAACUACAUCCUCCGGCACAACGGAGCGCAACAUCUACGUGCCGCUGUUUAUGGCAUCUCUUUAUAUCAGUAUUUCUUACUGGAUAUUGCCUUUGUUUUACUAGUGGUUCCUGCCUUAUUCUAUUAUAUUUUGGCCAGGAUAACAAAAUUUAUCCGCAAACAGAGCAAACAUCUUUGGUCAAGUGAUGAAUAUAGCACUGUUAAUGGACAUUACCAGAAUGGGAUACCAAACGGAAAGUAUAGAAGAAACGGCCACAUUAAACAUGAAAAAAAAGUGAAAUGAGCCAACCGUCCCAUGUAAAAUAGUAAUGAAUCAGAUCAGUAAUCAAAUUUUAUCGCUGUAACUUAGUCUAACAACUACUUAAAACCUCAAUAAGCAGUUCUAACACUCCCCUACAGUAUGUUAUCUUACGUGACAAAAAUUCUACAGAACUAAGAAAAGUCUUUAAAAAAGAAAAGAAAAAAGAAAG